AUGCUUAAAGAAAAACAAGAGAAGAAAGAGCUAGAAGAAAGAGAAAAGCAAAAGAGAAAAGAAGAGCGUUUGAGAAAGAAAAUCCAACGGGAAGAACAAAUGAAGCUUAAGAAGAAAAUACGAUUUGAGCGGCAACGAGCUUUGAUGCAGAAGCGUAAACAAAAAGCACACGCGUCUCUAAAAAAUCAGCUAGAGUCUGACAGCGAUGACGCUGUUGAAAUCAAGUCAGGUAUUUGUUAUACCUGCGAAUCUCAAUACACUGAGGAGUUUAUUGAAUGUGAAAAAUGCCAACGUCGAUUCCAUAUUGUCUGUGUUCAGAAUGAAAUGAUCGACGGUGUUCCAUUUGAAUGCAAAUUUUGCUGA